AUGGGCAAUGGGAGCCAAUACCAUGGCCUCAGUGACAUGCACGGUGUGCAUAAAUCGACUGUAUGUCGUGCCGUCCAUAACUUUGUUAGAGCAGUGAACAACACUCUCUUUCCGAGGGUGGUUGAUUGGCCUGACGACAUAGUACAAGUUGUUCAAGGGUUCCAUGCAAUUGCAGAAAUGCCACUUGUAAUUGGUUGCAUCGAUGGAACAUUGAUUAACAUAGACGCUCCGGUUUUAAAUGAACAACAGUAUGUUGACCGUAAGAAUAACCACUCCAUCAAUUGCAUGGUGGUUUGUGGGCCAGACUAUUCUUUCUUCUAUGUAAGCGCCCGAUGGCCUGGAAGCGUUCACGACGCUAGAGUCCUAAGGAAUAGCACGCUCUAUCAUAGAAUGGAGGGUGGUUGGCGCCCUAUUGAAGGAGGGGUACUGUUAGGAGACUCUGGGUAUCCCUUGCUUGACUGGCUGAUGACGCCUACCGGAGUAAACCUCGAAGAUCCGGCUGUUGUAAGAUACAACCGAAAACACAAGAGUACAAGGCGCAUUGUGGAAAACUCCCUUGGCAAGCUAAAGGAGAAGUUUCCUUGUUUAAAUCACCUGCGAGUGCAACCUGUUUUUGCAUGUGAAAUUUUCAAGUGUUGUGUGGCCAUAUACAACUACGCACGGCGUGCUGGUUUGAUUGAAGUGGUUGAAAAUGAGAACGAAGUCGAAGACGACGUAGAAGAACAGAAUGUGAAUGUGGAACAAUUUGACUGA